AUGUCGGGUGCAUCUAAUUGGAUGUCCGUCUCGGACCUACAGCGGAGGCUCGUCCAAGCCUGGGAGAGUCGCACGUGGCCUCGCAAUGCGCUUCGGCAAGGGGGAAACUUAAAGACCACAACAAUGGCGGCAGCAUUGUCAGCUCAAGGACAGCUUUCGCAGUAUGCUCUGGCUGCUCAGUGGUUCGCAGCGCUUCCUUGCGUGCAUUACAGCAAACUGGUCCUUACGCGGAUCCCGGAUGCCACCGGACGCCAAGAUGAGAAAGUCGACCUCGUCAUCCUCCUCGAUCUUGAAGACUUCGGGCUCACAGAUGAUACCGUCGACUUUCUUGCCGCUGUCGUACUCAACGUU